AUGCUCAGAGCCUUUUCGCGAGGCACUGUCCGCAAUCCCACAUGGCUUUCACAACUAAGAGUGAACAAGUCUACCAAGGCUCAGUCAGAAGACGCCGAGUCAUCGCUCCCCGGGACAGUAAACGACCCUCAGAACUCAUCGUUGGCCGGUGGUGUUACUGCCCACUCCCCCACACAAUUGUCUGCUCAUUUCUCCUCGCCGUUAGUAGAGCCAGCACCUACCUUUCGCAUAGUCCAGAGCAGUCGCGGGUAUCCGACUGGAAGGCCAUGGCGGCCUCUUCCCGUUCCCAUCAUCCAUCACCAAGUUUUCAAACAUGGACGAGCAACUCUUCUCUCUCACAACGACGAAGACGCGUUCGAAGAUUUGAAUCUCACCAUUCUAUUCGACAAGGAGAAGUCCCUACAACAAGGUGUAGAUCGUGUCAACUGGCGUCGCGACCUUUUGCGCAUUCUGGGCAAUACUCAGUCGCAUUCCCAAGGGUGGAAGGCUUACGAGACAUUAGUUUCUGUACCUUUCCCUAUCCCCUACCCUCAUCUGAAUCGUCUUGUGCGGCUUAUCUCCCUCCAGCGCCCCAAAACGCAGACGCUUUUCUCGCGGCUUUUACAUGUGUUGACUAUAAUUCAUCAGUCUGGCCGGAAACUCACGACCUACCAAUGGAACGCGCUCAUCGAUAAUGCCGGAAAAGGAUUGCGAAAUGCGCGUCCUGCCGACUUCCAAAACGCGUUCAACGCGUUUGUCGACUUUGUGUCUGCUCGACAGCCGGGCACAGCUAUAUUACCAAAUGAAGCCGACUUUGACCCAGGCGCUUCAUCCAAUAUUCUCCCCGACAUCCGAACAUAUACGACCCUGAUUAAUCAUGCUGUGGAGAGACGCGAUAAAGUCGCACUUGAACAAACGACUUCACUGCUCAAGGCAUCGGGAAUGUCACCCAAUCGAGUUUCGCACCUCGUACUACUGAAAUACUACACCAAGAACGGCAAACUACGAGACAUACGCACCGUCCUCGAACGAAUGAGCCGCGAAGGGCAAGAACUGGGUCUCGAUGGUGUCAACGCGUGCCUCUGGGCUUUUUCCUGCCACAACCGUUUCGAUAUGGUCAUGAAGAUCUAUCGUUUGCUGCGCAACAACAUGGUCCCCGAAACAGCUUUGGGGCCGAACGACAUAGAUUCUGUGUCGCGUUCGCUUGCUGACCAGCAUAUCACCAUUAGAUCAACCAUGAUUCCCAACAAAGUGACCUUUACUUUAACUGCGCAAGCAGCAGCUUAUCAUGGGCACCUCCGUGAGGCGCUCCAAGCGUUUACAGACAUGCUUUCGUCGGAAAACGUGGAAAUCGGCGCCCCCCUCUAUCGUGUGGAAGACGGAAACAUUGUACCUUCUCCGUAUGAGCCAGACUUGGCGAUGUUCAGAGCAUUAUUCCUGGGAUUUUACCGACAUGGUGUCCCUUCGGCCCCUGACCACCCAGGGCAGCACCCUUGGGUCCUCCCAGUGCUGAAUGAUAUGUUGGAUGUGUUCCUCGCGCUCCCCAAACACAUCGAACCGUCACGGUCGACUAUUUACUGGCUUCUCGUCGCUUUCGAGAAGACGAGCAACCAGGAUAUGGAGCUCUUAAAGACCGUCUGGGGGCGCAUUCGUAGCCACUUCAGAGAGGAAUGGGUAAACAGUCGCAACAUUGAUCAAGUCCAAAGUCGAUUCUUCGAGUCCAAAUUGCCAUAA